CUCACACGCUGAAGGAAAAUAACUGCGUCUCCUCGAGUUGAGUCAGUUUGAACAAACAGUAUCGAUGAAUCGUUGUUUCUUCAGCAAACAGACACAUGAAGCGCUGAAGAAGUUUCUGGAGAAUAUCGAUUAUUUCUGACGGGCUUUAGAAGAAGGUGUAAGCGGUGCAGAUGAUCAGGCAGGACGACAGGUUGUGACGCUUUAAUCCGUUCGACACGUCCACAGACAGACAGAUACAGACCGGUUGUCAGUGUGGACUAACUGUGGACAGAGCUGUUUGUGUGUAUGUUUCCAAGGCGGGCGACACACACGCGGGCGGCUCGAGUCUUGGGGAUGGAGCUACAGGUUUGGACGGGUACGCGACUGCUGGUUCUGAUGGGUCUGAUGAUGCUGCACUCGUCCGCUCAGGCUAAUGUGUUGGACACCAUGUUACUGAGGAAUCCUGGGAAGGCGACGAUGGGCGGCACUAAAGAGAGCAGCAGAAGCACAGCAGCUGUGAUUCCAGAGAGAAUGUUAUUAUGUCACUGUUACCAUCACUGUCCUGAAGACGCUACAAACAACACUUGCAGGACUGAUGGUUAUUGCUUCACUAUGGUGGAGGAAGAGGACGGUGGCGCUCCGGUGCUCACCUCUGGAUGUUUGGGUCUGAUGGGCUCCGAGUUUCAGUGCAGGGACACGGGGAACGCUCGUCUGAGGAGGAUGUUGGAAUGUUGUACGGAUCAGGAUUACUGUAACCGUGACCUUCACCCAACCCUGCCACCACUCAAGAGACCCGAUCUGGACAGCAGUAUUCAUCACAUGGCACUCUUCAUCUCUGUGACUGUCUGCAGUGUCGUUCUGACCUUCAUCAUCAUAUUCUGCUAUUACAGAUACAAGCGUCAGGAGAGUCGAGCGCGGUACAGCAUCGGUCUGGAACAGGACGAGACGUUCAUCCCCACUGGAGAAUCUCUGAAGGAUCUGAUUGAACAGUCUCAGAGUUCAGGCAGUGGAUCAGGACUCCCUCUGCUGGUUCAGCGAACGAUUGCGAAACAGAUCCAGAUGGUGAAGCAGAUCGGUAAGGGUCGUUACGGCGAGGUGUGGAUGGGUCGCUGGCGCUGCGAGCGCGUCGCCGUGAAGGUUUUCUUCACCACGGAAGAAGCCAGCUGGUUCAGAGAGACGGAGAUCUAUCAGACUGUCCUGAUGAGACACGAGAACAUUCUGGGUUUCAUCGCAGCAGAUAUUAAAGGAACGGGCUCGUGGACGCAGCUGUAUCUGAUCACAGACUAUCAUGAGAACGGAUCUCUGUACGACUACCUCAAAUCCACCACACUGGACACGAAAUCUCUGCUGCGACUCGCGCACUCCGCCGUAUCCGGUCUGUGUCACCUGCACACGGAGAUCUCCGGCACGCAGGGAAAACCGGCAAUCGCUCACCGAGACCUGAAGAGUAAAAAUAUACUAGUGAAGAAGAACGGCACCUGCUGCAUCGCUGACCUCGGACUCGCUGUCAAACUCAUCAGUGACACUAAUGAAGUGGACAUCCCGCCCAACACGCGUGUUGGCACAAAACGCUACAUGCCUCCUGAAGUUCUGGAUGAGAGUCUGAACCACAGUCACUUUCAGUCGUACAUCAUGGCUGACAUGUACAGCUUCGGUCUCAUCUUGUGGGAGAUUGCGAGGAGAUGCGUGUCCGGUGGUAUCGUGGAGGAAUAUCAGCUGCCGUAUCAUGAUUUGGUGCCCACAGACCCGUCAUAUGAAGACAUGCGAGAGGUAGUGUGUAUCAAGAGACACAGACCUUCAUUUGCAAACCGCUGGAGCAGCGAUGAGUGUCUGAGGCAGAUGGGUAAACUGAUGACUGAAUGUUGGGCGUACAACCCUGCAUCUCGUCUGACCGCCCUACGCGUGAAGAAAACACUCACUAAGAUGUCAGAGUCUCAGGACAUUAAACUGUGAGGGACAACUGAGAUGCUCGUCCCGAGUGCUGUGUGAGACUGAAGCGCAGCGGCUUUAUCAUGCUUUCUGUGAAAGCUCAAACCGGCCGGAUGUGGGACACACAACCCUUCAGAUAAACACACAGCAGGCCGUGAUCUGACUGGCAAUCGCUCGUUUAAAAAUGUACCAACAGGUUUAUGGGCCACAUUGAAAAAAACAAUUGAGUAACAUAUUCAAAGAAUGUUUUGUGUCAUAAAGUGUUCCUCUUUGAGUCCGUCCUUGUAAUAUACGAAUGUAAAUACUGUCGAAGAAAAUGUUGUGUUAUCCUGUACAAUCAUUCAGGGUGUCUUUGUGCCUUAUACACGUGCAAGUUUAAUAUUUUAUAGUUCUAUGUAAAU